UUGUGUGCAGUUAGUCACAGAAUAGGUCACCAAUGGAGAUCUAGUAGGGGUGUCGAGAUGGCAAAACCUACUCCGUUUACAGGUCAUGGUUUGUGUGCAUGUAAGUGUGAACGUGUGUGCAGACACGGGCUGAAAUGUGACAGAGUCCUGCAUUUAUUGCUACAGAUUGUUUUCUGCUAGGAUUCAUUGAACUCUAGGAGUUUGAGGAGAAGGUAACCGAUUCUUCCCUCUGUCACGAUCAUAUCUAGAGCGGGAAAGUUUUUAUGUGCACACGUUCGUUUUCUGACACCAUCAUGACUUGCUUUAUUAUGCAUGAAAAGGAUCUGCUUAUCGGUAAUAGCCUAGGGAGUUGACAAUCGGUGUCCCUCACAAUGUUGGAUGGACUGGCUUCAAUGACAUCAGGUGAUGGUCAAAUGAUGGUCACACGUACACAACAGCAGUGAGUCCAGUAAGAGAUCCUGUUUCGUUUGCUGCUCUGGCAUACUAUCUUUCACUUUUAAUUUAUUAUAACUGUUUUUUUUAAUUACAAUAUCAAAUGCUAAACUGUGUCAUGGUCCUUUUUUAUAUCAAUACAGAUGAUCAGCAAGGUAAAGUGCAUUUACUUUUUCACAAGCUGUCAAGAUCAAAGGGGAAAGAACAUUCAAGCUCCUGCUUAUGAGUUUUCCAAUGGUUACUUUCUCCCCCAGCUUAUGUGGCCUGGAAUGACAGACCUGAAGUUACACCUGCAUGGUGGGAAAUAUUCCCAGAAUCUAAAUUAUAGGCUUUAAAUGGACUUAGAUCCUGAUACACUGCAAAUGAUGUCGAGUUGAAGGAAGUUAUAGGAGGAAAUCUCUUUUUAUUAGCGUCAAAUGUGUCUUGCUAGGCUGAGUCUUUAUGUAACAAUUAUUUGUCAAAUUAUCAGCAGACUGGAAUAUGCUUCUUUUUUUUUUUUUUAGGAAAUGCUACUAAACUGAACUGACGGGACCUGUCUACCCAUGUAGUGGAAAUAAUGCCCCUGACCUCCACCUGUGUUGAAAUUAGCCAACUGCAUAGUAAAUGUGUAUGCGUGUCUGCUAAUGAGGGCCGGGUUACAGAGAAGUGAGGGGAAUGCAGUCUCCAUGGGAAAGAGUUUCCUACAAAGCUGUCUGUGAUAUUGUUCUCCUCAGAGGAUAAAGAGGGCUUUGCCAAAAUCCACUCCACUUUAUUGCUUCCAUGAAAUGAUUUUACUCGACAAGUCCUUGUGCUGUUUUUACCUCUCUUUUUCAGCCGAGUCUGGGGGAGACAUGGCUGUACUUUCUUUUGUUUACUUUAACAAAGCUGUAAUAAUAUGCAAGGCCGUGAGGUGAAUUGCAGUAUUGAGGUUAAAAGAAAAGAUUUGACUCAGCAAACCACCCAUCCUCGUGCUUUGCUUACGAACGUCUGAGCGCAUUUAGGACAAGAAAUGAAAGUAAGCUAUUAUUAAAUCAUUAUUUAUCUCCAUAUUAUCUUUUAUUUUGUCAUUAAAAAGCAAUGUGAUUUUUUAUACUUUAAUACAAAGGCUGUAUAUUUCAGACAUGCCAUAUCUGAACCUUUUUCAUUAUCAUUUUGGAAACAACUACCGGAAUAUCCAGAAUAACUUGGCUGAUUUACCUGUGAGCUCUGGAGAAACUGUCUAAAGUCAUGAGGUCUGAACAUGCAUUUGAAAACGGUAAUAAAGGGACAAUGAGGUCAAUUGUGUGAAACUUAGUUUGAACCUUCUUAAUACACGAGGGUUCAAUAUAACCUCAAUGUGUUCUCUUUGCUGAAGGUACAAACAGAGAUGUUACAAAAGAUAUUGCUGAAAUAAUUAACUCUCGGAGGUAAAAUGACCCCACUAUGUUCAACAAAAGGUUGUUUUUUUUAAGCAGGAGUCGAAUUGGCAUCUAUAACAAGUCCUUUUAUGGUGAAGUCUCCUUUGGCUCUUGCUGACCUUCCCAUCUCCCAUAACUUUUAUAGAUAAUUUGAUGGAUGUUAUGUAAGUACUUACUUUACACAUGUCACAUAACAGACAAACAACCAAGGGGUUGAAAAAACAACUCAACGUACAGUACCGUUUAUUGGAAAUCACCUUUUAGCUGUUUUCAGCUAUAAACUUGUGUUUAUGGUCUACAGUGAGAACCUGUCUGACACACACUAAUCCUAUCAAAUUGGCUAACAGCAGCAGUAGAUAUGUCUGUAACUGUCACAGUAAAAUUGUUGAUGCUCACAGCUCACUCACAAGCAUAGCUGAAAAUCUUUAUAAUAGAUUCUAAUUCUACUUACUAUGCUCUCCACUGUUUUGGUGUUUUUGAAGGCAUCAUUUAAACUGACUAAAAUUAUUUUGUGUGCCCUGUCAAUGACAUCCGAAUACUGUACGUAAAGAAGUAUAGAGCUAAAUCUGCCUCAACUGGAUGAGCUGCCCUUCGACACUCCCAAACUGAAAAAAAGCUACUCUUUGAAACUCCCAAAGAGAGGCGGAGUCUGCUGGAUAUUUAAAUACCACUGGGUGGUGAGUGUCUACACAGAAUGAACAUCUGCGUUUGUCUGCUCUGUUGGGGGAGACUCACAGACAUGAUAAUGGGACAUUAGAGUGGAAAAGAUUUCUGAGAAAGAGGUGAGAAGGUGAGCCGUGACCAUGGAGGCUGUAUUUCCCUCUCUCUUCACCACAGCUGGCCAGCUGCCGUGGUUGCUUCUGACUCUGUUAACAUCGUGCACGGUCCUGUGUUCAGCGGAUAUAAAGCAGACAAGAUGGCCAUUGUAUUCCCAGAAGCCGGUUCUUCUUGCCUGGAAUGCCCCAACACAGGAGUGUGCCCCGCGACAUCGCGUGAUUUUAUCUUUGGACCAGUUUGACAUUGUGGCAUCUCCCAAUGAGGGCUUUGUCAGGCAGAACCUCACAAUUUUUUAUAAGGAACGCCUUGGGUUGUAUCCCUAUUAUGAGCAUGGAGGCACUGCAGUGAAUGGAGGCCUUCCACAGCUUGCCAGCCUCACUCAGCACUAUGAAAAGAUGCCUGAAGGUUUGCAAAAAUAUAUACGUGAGCCGGAGGCAAAAGGUUUGGCUGUAAUUGAUUGGGAGGAGUGGCGUCCAUUGUGGAUCCGAAAUUGGGAUAUUAAAGAUAUCUAUCGAAAUAAAUCCCGUGAAAUGGUGGCCAAAAAGAAUCCUAAGUGGACCCCAGAACAAGCUGGAAAAGUUGCACAGCAAGAAUUUGAGCUAUCAGCUCGCAAGUUUAUGCUGGAGACUCUGAAACUUGCCAAGAAUUUGAGGCCCAAUCAACUGUGGGGCUUCUACCUGUUUCCAGACUGUUACAACCAUGACUACAGGAGCGGCCUGAAGAACUACACUGGCCGCUGUCCUGUUGUGGAGAUGGCCCGCAAUGAUCAACUUAACUGGUUGUGGAUGGAAUGCACAGCCUUCUUCCCAUCUAUAUACGUGGGUUCCGUACUGGCCUCUACAAAUGGUGGACGCCUGUUUGUCCGAAACAGGGUAAAAGAGGCGAUGCGCCUGGCAUCUGUUGGAGAUGGAUUAGCACGGCCUGUGUUUGUUUAUACCCGCCCUACUUACAUCAAUCAGAUGACCCUCCUAACUCAGACAGAUCUGGUCUCCACCAUUGGUGAGAGUGUUGCACUUGGAGCCGCAGGUGUAAUCUUCUGGGGGGACACCUCCUAUGCAAGCAGCAAUACCAGCUGCUCCAUCCUGAAUAAGUAUCUUCAGGGACAGCUGGGCCGGUACCUCCUCAAUGUGUCCACAGCAGCAGAACAGUGCAGUCAGGUGGUAUGUAAAUCCCACGGCCGCUGCCUGCGCAAAGUACCAGACAAUGAGGUGUACCUGCAUCUCAGUCCCUUAACACACAGCAUCACCAGUCAGGGUGGCCAGCUGAAGGUUACAGGCGUGCCUAGCCAAGCCGAGCUGGCGCUUGUACGCACACACUUCCAGUGCCAAUGCUAUAGUGGGUACAGGGGUGAGGCCUGUGCUCAGAAAGAAAAAGGGCAGAAUAGAGCCUCCUCUGUCUUAGGGACCUGGCCUCUUUGCCUUUUACUCCCACUAGGACUCCUCACACUGCUACACUGAGGAAACUGAAAAGCCCAAACUAUUCACUGCUUCUGCCAGCCCUGAAAAGGACAAAUCAGAUUUUUCAACACAUAGGUGAUAAUUUACGGUGCACUAGUGAUGAUGCUGAAUGCUCAUGCAUUGUCAUCAGAGAUUAAUUUAUAUCACAUUAUGUCAGAUCUCCAUGCUUCAUGCUGACCUGGGCCUCCAGAUGAGGAGAUCAUCAUUCCACAUUGAAUGGGACUAUAGUGUAAUUGUAGACCUUUUCCCACAGAGGAUCAAAUGCAUCGUGAAAAAAUACUGCUUAACCUUUAAGUUUUUAUUUUUUUAUUUAUGUUUUUAUUUUUAAAAUGGACACAAGAAUACAAUAUAAGGCUUAAACAAAAAAGUUGAAGAAAGGUACCUUUGAUGCCCAGUGGCAUACAGUAUUCACUAGUAUCAUAACUUUAGGUAUUCUGCAUUUGGAUAUUGCUGUCCUCAAACAUUAUUGUUUCUAUCUGUUGAUUGAUCAAGCUGUUAAGUGUUAGCCUUAUGAAUGAAAUGUAAAUACUGCAUUAUGCCAAAAGGUGAUAAAUUAUGAGAAAUGGAGCCUUAAAUAUCUUUGGUUAUCUUUGGCUAAAAGAAACAACAUGGCUGGACCUGCCUGUUUCAGUUCAAAAUUGUGCCUUAACUGGGCUACCAACUACAAAGUGCUCUUUUUUUAUAGUUGCCUUUGUUUAUAAGUUUUGACUAUUGAGGUUUUUACAGCAGUGUUUAUCUCAGCCCUUUGCUGGCGCUGGUGCUUUAUACUAAUAUGAACUCUUUAAGCCUACCAUUUAUCAUUUUAUCCAUAAAGGAAGAUGUACGUAUAGAGGAAAGGGUGGACAGACCUGAAAAAGACAAAAAAGAAAAGAUAAAUGCACUUGCAUUUACAUGGCAUCUUUCUAGUCUUUCGACCACUCAAAGUGCUUCACACACAUUCAUACACUGAUGGCAGAGGCUGCCAUUCAAGGUGCCAAACUGCUCCUCGGGAUCAAAUAUAAUCAUUCACACAUGCACACACACAUACACAGAUGGUACAGAACUUACAGACUGCACAGAAUGUGGGGUUCAGUAUCUUGCCCAAAGACACUUCCACAUGCGGACUGGAGGAGCCGAGGAUCAAACAAACUUUCGAUUACUGGACAAUCCGCUUUAUCUCCUGAGUGGACUAUUCACUUGCAAAUGGUGUCGUCUAAUUUACUUGAAUAUCACUGUGAAAACAAGUUAUCAUUAUGUUAAAAAGACUACAUUUCAGCAUCCAGGUACUGUCACAUUUACCAAAUUGCUGUUGAUUUUCAUGAAAACACACAGAUACUAGCAGCAUGUACAAAUACACAAUACGUACAUUUAAGCUGUUUUCAUAUAUACUGUUAUUGGCGUAUCUGUCAAGACAUUUGUUGACAUAAAUGCCAAAAAUAUGUUUGUUUUUUCUAUUAUAAAUUGUUAAUGACUUGGCCACAAUUCUUAAAUAGGUACGGGAUCUGUUUGUUUCUGUUCACGUUUAAACAAUUUGGCUGAUACUAAUCAGUUUCCCAACCAGACUUUCUUUAAACUCUCAAAUAUCCAUAUUAGCCUCAGAAAACCAGCUUAGAUCUGCCUCUAUACACAAUUAUCAGCUUUGAUUUUGUUUGUGUGUGUAGUUUGUGAUCGACAAUGUGUUGAUAGCAACUACUGUAGGUACAUCUUCAAAUUGGUUUAUUGACAAGUAAAUAUAUGUUCUUGAGUUUCAUAUUUAUACAGUAGGUUCUGUAUUUAUUCUCUAUGGCACUGCUCAGAAAAGUAUUCAGCUACCUAAAAUGAGUUAUGUUUUUCAUGAAGUGGAAAUUGAGAAUUUUACUUAUAUGAUUGCUAUAGAAUGUUUUAAUUAUGCUGCAACAAUUUUAGGUACUGCACUUGAACUACAUUUUUGUUGAGGUGGAUCUAGCUUUAUUUCUUGUUAGAGAUUUAGUUUACUGUGAAUUUUGUGCUUCUGAUUGUUGUUUUUCCUCCCUUUACUUUUAACUUUCAAAAUGAAUCUAAGGGUUAUUUGUCAUUAUUUUUAAAUAGGAUAUUUUGUUGUGUGGGAAAAGACUCCUGGUCUGACACAGUAACACCGGUUUAUGGUAUAGACAGGGAAGAUGUCACCCAUGUAUAAUGCACACUUCCCCCUAGUAAUAUUUGACUAUUAUUUACAUGUGCAUUGCAAUGUUCAGCUGUAAAUCAGUAUGUUAAAGAGGACAUAUACUGCCAAUCAUUUCCAAAGGCAUACCAUGGUAUUUGAAAGUGUUUUCCUCAACUUUUAGGCAGCAAUUGCUUUUCAUUUAUUACACAACAGUAUAAAUAUCAACGUGAGACUUUAAACUUGUUUGAAAGGCGUAAUUAUCAAUAAUUAUUAUCAGUGAUAAUGUGAUGGAUUGUCAUACUCAAGCAAGUUUUCAGUCUCAGGGAAAUCAGUGGCUGCCUCAAGGGUAAAAUUAUCAAAAAUUAAAAACUAUGAAUCUGUAAUCUAUAAUUUAUGUAAUCUUAGAAUUUAGUUUUGUACAACUCCACCUCUCUGUUUUAAAAGCAGCUUUGAUGUUAAUUAGGAAAUUACCUGGCAAGCCUUAUUUUGUCCUACAUGUAUUGAUGCUAUUCUUUGAAACCAAAUCUGAAAAAAAUGUAAGGGUUUUGUAUUUGAAAACAUUUUGUAUUCACCUUUUACAUCAGAUAUUUCAUUAAUUAAAGAGGAAUUUGAAUAUAUUGUUUCUAGUUCUGUUAUUUUCUGGAGACUAUAGCCUACUGGGAUUUCAUUCAUUUAACGAUACAUGGUUAGAUACUCUUUGUGCAAAAAUAUUGCAAAAACUGGAAAUGUACGAUCAAAUAUACUUAUGACUUACACUGAUCAAUGUGUUAUAUUUUAAAAAUACAGAGAAUACCAGAUACAAGCUGUUCAAAGUUGACAUCAAGCAAGCAAGUAAAUAAUAUUAAAG